GAUCUCUGCUACUUUUCUAGGGCAUCGAAUCUCAUAUUUCCCUCCAAUUAUUGCCUUUUUUUUAUGCGUAUCUUUAUGCAAUUAUACAAGAAUUUGUUCUAGAAGUUGCGUUUCAUCUGUUUAGAACCUCAAAUCCUCUUUAUAGACACGGUUUGAUCAACAAUUUUGAGCGGAAAAUUUUGUUGAGGUCUGCGAAUUAGAGUCGGAGAAGAUGGGCUCUAUGCAUCUGUUUCUCAACAAUUCAGUUUCACCAGUUGCUGAUCUUCCUCGUUUGUUUAAGCUUGGUAAUGGAAGACACUUUGUUCGACCCAAUGCUCGGAGAGUUUCCGCUUCUCUUAAUCUGGACAUACAAUCUCCAGUUUCUGCGAACCUGGACGAUUCGAGACUAGGGUUUGGGGGGAGUAAGGGGGUUAUGGAUAUGGAGGCCAGUGUUCUUGUGGGAACUUAUGCGAGAGCUCCAGUUGUUCUGUCGAGUGGAAAGGGAUGUUUAUUGUAUGAUGUUGAAGGGCGAGAGUACAUUGAUAUGACUGCUGGCAUUGCUGUGAAUGCACUUGGCCAUGGUGACCCGGAUUGGGUUAAAGCGGUGGUUGAGCAGGCAAAUCUUCUCACUCACGUGAGUAAUGUCUACUAUUCCAUCCCUCAGGUGGAACUUGCAAAACGUCUAGUGGAGUGUUCUUUUGCUGAUCGUGUUUUUUUCUCGAACUCUGGUACUGAGGCGAAUGAAGCAGCCAUUAAAUUUGCAAGGAAGUUUCAAAGAUUUUCUCAGCCUGAUGAGAAACAUCCAGCCACAGAAUUUAUCUCUUUUUCCAAUUGCUUCCAUGGGAGGACAAUGGGUGCACUUGCCUUGACCAGCAAAGAGCAUUACAGGUCACCUUUUGAACCUGUCAUGCCUGGUGUGACCUUCCUAGAAUACGGGAACAUUCAAGCUGCAAAAGAAGCAAUUAAACGUGGAAAAACGGCAGCAGUUUUUGUUGAACCUAUCCAGGGUGAAGGGGGUAUAUACAGCGCCACAAAGGAAUUCUUGCAAUCAUUACGUAAUGUGUGUGAUGAUGCUGGAGCCCUCCUGGUCUUUGAUGAGGUUCAAUGUGGAUUAGGCCGAACUGGGUACCUCUGGGCCCAUGAGGCACAUGGAAUAGCCCCAGAUAUGAUGACACUUGCCAAACCUCUAGCUGGAGGUCUACCCAUUGGUGUCGUCCUUGUGACUGAGAGAGUUGCUCUUGCCAUAAAUUAUGGAGACCAUGGAAGUACUUUUGCAGGUGGGCCUCUUGUAUGUAAUGCUGCCCUUGCUGUGUUGGAUAAGAUCAGGAAGCCUGAGUUCCUAGCCAGUGUCUCCAAGAAGGCCCUGUACUUGAAAGAACUACUAGCUCAGAAGCUAGGAGGAAAUCCACAUGUGAAGGAAAUACGAGGCCUUGGGCUCAUUGCUGGGAUAGAACUGGAUGUGCCUGCAGCUCCACUUGUAGAUGCAUGCAGGAACUCUGGCCUUCUGAUUCUAACUGCUGGAAAAGGGAAUGUUGUGAGGCUUGUUCCUCCAUUGGUUAUAUCUCAACAGGAGCUGGAAUCUGCAGCUGAGAUUUUGUCAGAGUGCAUGCCUGCACUUGAUAAGAGCAAGUUGAAGUAAUAGAAGAAAUACAGAUAGUCAAAGUUUCGUUACAGGUAUAAUGUUUUACCUUCCUAGUUU